AUGGCCCAGGGCAGGCCCAAGGCGGCGGCCAAGCGGCCCGGGCGGGCGGCGGCGGCGGCGGGGACCCCGGCCCGGGGGGCGCGGGGGCCGCGGAAGGGAGGCCGGACCAUCGCCCCCAAGAAGCUCCGUGUGAUCCAGCAGCAGAAGCUGAAGAAGCGCCUGGAGGUGGGCAUCCGGAUGAAGAUCGAGCGGGAGGCGGUGCAGCGGGCGGGCGUCGGCCUCCCCAAGAAGUUGGCGGUGGUCGCCGCGCCCCCCCCCGCCGCCCCCCCGAAGGGCAAAGCCAAGAAGGGGCGGGGCUGA